GAAAACAGCUUUGCAAAGAUGAAAUUUUUGGUGGUGGUAUUCCUCAUUUUCGCUGUCAGCGAAAUGACGGAGGGUCAGAGCGCUGCUGACUUGGCAGCCUACAAGCAAAUGCAACAGGCCUGCAUCAAGGAGCUGAAUAUUCCCGCCAACGAUGCCAAUUUGCUGACCACCGAUAAAGAGGUGGCCAAUCCCUCGGAGGCGGUGAAGUGCUACCAUAGUUGUGUGUACAAGAAAUUAGGACUCAUUGGAUCCGAUGGAAAGCCCGAUACCAAUAAGAUUGUUCAGAUUGCUCAGCUCCGUUUCAGCAGUGUGCCAGUUGACAAGCUGAAGGCUCUUCUUAAUAGUUGUGGUACCACUACAUCAGCUACAACCUGCGACUUUGUCUUCAACUACGAGAAGUGUGUUGUCAAGGGAAUGAGUGCAUAAAGGAAGCGAUA